AUGUCAAGAUCAGGCUAUGACGCCGUCGUAGACGUCGACGACGAAGGCGAUCUUGGCCAUACCGAUCUUCAAGACGACCUCGAAUUCCACAACUCCAACUUCUCCGAGUCCUCUCCAGCCCUCGGUACCGGCUCCGCGCGCGGCGGCCACAAGGCUACCUCUCCAUCGCUUCCCCUCCCUGCAACCGCCAACACAGGCACUGGAAGCGGCGGCGCUGGCGGGAAGCGCUUUCUCUGGACAUUGCCCUUCUAUGCGCAGUUUUUUGAUGUCGACACAACAUCGGUGCUCCAGCGGUGCGGCGCCGCCCUGUUCCCGCGGGCGAAUUUUCUCGAUGUGCUAGAGGGCAACCCCGACCUGUAUGGGCCGUUUUGGAUUGCCACGACGGUGGUCCUGAUUUUGUUCUUGGGCGGGACGAUCAGCGAUUAUUUGGCGCGUGAGGGUCGGAGUGCGUUUGCAUAUGACUUCGGCUUGUUGAGCGGCGCUGCUGGGCUCAUCUAUGGCUACACUUUCGUGAUUCCUGUAGUCCUGUAUCUCGCCCUCCGUUACUUCGGGUCCGAGAGCGCCAACCUACUCGAGUGUUGGGCGCUCUAUGGAUACGGCAACUUGAUCUGGAUUCCCGUGGCGCUCAUCAGCUGGUCGCCCAUUUCAAUCCUGAACUGGGUCUUUGUCGGUGUUGGCUUCGGCGUCUCGGUCGCUUUCCUGUUACGAAACCUGUACCCCGUGCUAAGCGCCACCGAUCGCCAGACCAGUAAGGUAUUGUUGAUCCUUGUGGUCGCCCUGCACUUCGGCCUAGCGCUGGCUAUUAAGGUGCUAUUUUUUGCGCACGGUAGCCCGGCGCUUAAGGAUGGAGACGUAAAGCCAGACCCAGAACGCAUGUUUUAA